AUGGUGAGUACUAAUUAUAUACUAUUAAAGUCUGACUCAGGGUUGCCCGCUGGCUGGGAGGUUCGACACUCGAACUCCAAGAACCUUCCUUACUACUUCAACCCGUCUACGAAAGAAUCGCGUUGGGAGCCACCGAACACCACCGAUACUGAGAAACUUAAAGUCUACAUGGCUCAGCACCACACCUCAUCAGCUAGUGCUGAUGCCUCUAGCCAGGAUGAUGGCAAGAUUCGUUGCAGCCAUUUGCUGGUGAAGCAUAAUGGUAGCCGUCGCCCCAGCAGCUGGCGCGAGAAUGAAAUCACCCGCAGCAAGGAGGAAGCGAUCGAAAUUCUCAAAGGCUAUGAGUCUCGCAUUCGAUCGGGUGAUGCUACCCUAGGAGAAAUUGCUGUCUCCGAGUCGGACUGCAGCAGUGCUCGCAAGAAGGGUGACCUUUUUGAGUUUAUGAUGACGAUGCUUACUGUCUACAGUGGAUUCUUCGGCCAUGGAGACAUGCAGAAGGAAUUCGAGGAUGCUGCCUUUGCCCUUCAGCCUGGACAGGUCAGCAACAUUGUCGAGACUGCCUCUGGCGUUCACCUCAUUGAACGGUAG